ACCGUUAUCAAUCCCGAAUCACUAGCCGAGACGAUGGUGAGACCAUCAAUCGCCACGUGUGAACCAAGCGCACGACCUUGUUUAGCGACGCGUGGCUCACUACCUCGUAGCCGUACAUGUGCGCCGCUUCUAUUCAGCUGCCUCCUCCUAGGUUUAACGGUCUUUUGUACCGACGCAAAUCCUUGUGACUCGAAGCUUCCUCUGCUCCCGUCUUCCAUGCGAGCCUUCUUUCUAUUGGAAUGUAACAUCACUCUAACUGACCUACCAGAUAAGACUAUGGAAGCUAAGUGUCUCCAGAGCAUGUUUGAGUUGAUUGAUUCUGGAUUCUUCAAUGAAACUAAAAUACAGGAGAUUGCAAAGGGAGCUACUGAAAUGAAUGUUCCUAUAUAUCGAGCCAACCGGAAACUAGUCGCUACUAAGAAUGGUGGGUUGGAAAAUCCAUCCCCGCUGGUGUUUAAUCCGUCUUGGAACAGAGAAGUUCGACGAGUACAAGGCAAGAGAUUCAAAUACCCUUCCGCAUCCGGAGUACAACUCCCUAGAGAUGAAGAAGAUAUCGCAUUCAUGAGCGUUCUUGAACUCGGAGAACUUAUAAAGACGAGACAAGUUACUUCAGAGGAACUCGUUCGGAUUUAUCUCAAGCAGUUAAAACGGUACAAUCAUGUUCUUGAAGCGGUAGUUACUUAUACUGAAGAGUUGGCAUACAAACAAGCAAAAGAAGCUGAUGAUUUACUCUCUCAAGGAACUUAUCUCGGACCUCUUCACGGGAUUCCAUAUGGUUUAAAGGAUACAAUUGCGGUUCCCCGAUACAGAACAACAUGGGGUUCAACUUCUUUUAAAGACCAAGUUCUUGAUAUUGAAGCAUGGGUUUACAAAAGAUUAAAAGCUUCAGGUGCAGUUUUAGUAGCAAAGCUCGUUGCGGGUUCUUUGGCUUAUGAUGAUAUCUGGUUCGGGGGACGGACUAGGAACCCGUGGAAUAUCGAGGAAUUCACUACCGGGUCAUCAGCUGGACCCGCUGCAUCCACAUCGGCUGGUAUGGUUCCUUUUGCUAUAGGCUCGGAGACAGCAGGCUCAAUAACAAACCCUGCAGCUCGGUGUGGCGUAACAGCAUUGCGUCCGACAUUUGGGAGCGUUGGUAGAACCGGAGUGAUGAGCAUAUCCGAGAGCCUGGAUAAGCUGGGACCUUUCUGUAGAACAGCAGCGGAUUGCGCUGUAAUCCUUGACGCUAUCAAAGGGAAAGAUCCCAAUGAUCUCUCAUCUAGAGAGAUAGCGUUUGAAGAUCCCUUCUCCGUGGAUAUCACAAAACUCACAGUUGGGUAUACAAAAGAUGCUGACAUGAAGGUAGUGGAAGUUCUUGGGUCGAAAGGUGUCAAUAUGGUUCCUUUUGAGCUAAAUUAUACAGUGGACUCGGUUCAAGGGAUAUUGAAUUUCACAAUGGACGUAGAUAUGUUAGCUCAUUUUGAUGAAUGGCAAAGAACCGGUCAAGACGAUCUCUAUGAAGCUCAAGAUCAAUGGCCGGUUGAGUUACGCCGUGCUCGUGUAGUUACACACAAUUUGAAAUUGCAUUUUUUGCUUUACUAGAAGAGGAAAUGGGAAUUGCGUGGGUAUAGAAUUUUAAUUAAAUAAAUUGUGUGUUCGGCGAGUUUUGUGGGUGAGAAUUUAUUGUACUACCUUUGACUUAUCGACCUUCGCGUUCUAAUUUCGAUCUCAACUUCUACUCUCUGUAAUAAAAGCUUUUUUCGUGG